UACGUGGUGACGUAAGAGUAUGUUUUGACGCUGAGUGUCACUGCUCUGUGAAACUGACGGACGAGGGAAGCUAAGACGUGGGUGAUUUGUUCCACGUAACAGACUCAUUUCCAUCAUGGCACUUAGAAGCACUGUGUGCCGUCUUUUGGUAAAUCCUCACAGAUGUGCGCUCAUCUCAGCUUCAAGAGCCCACGGAACUGCAGCACCUGCCCCAUACGAUGCAGAGAGGCCUCAAAAGUCUAAAGCACCAGCAAAGGUCCAGUUCGACUGGCGCGAUGCCCUGGACCUCGAGGGCCAGCUGACGGAGGAGGAGAUCAUGAUCAGGGAUUCCUUCCGAACCUACUGCCAAGACAAGCUCAUGCCUCGCAUCCUGAUGGCAAACAGGAACGAAGUGUUUCACAGAGAAAUUGUGUCAGAAAUGGGAGAGAUGGGGGUCCUGGGCCCGACUAUUAAAGGUUUCGGCUGUGCUGGGACGAGUUACGUGGCCUACGGUUUGAUUGCCAGAGAAGUGGAGAAAGUGGACAGCGGCUAUCGCUCCGUUAUGAGCGUGCAGUCAUCACUGGUCAUGCACCCCAUUAACGCCUAUGGCACAGAGGAGCAGAAACAGAAGUACCUCCCCAAGCUGGCUCGUGGAGAGCUUCUGGGCUGCUUUGGCCUGACGGAGCCAAACCACGGCAGCGACCCCGGCAGCAUGGAAACCAGAGCCAGAUACAACCCGUCCAGUCGCACCUACACCCUCUCCGGCUCCAAGACUUGGAUCACCAACUCUCCAGUGGCAGAUAUUGCAGUGGUCUGGGCUAAAUGUGACGACGGGAAGGUCCGUGGUUUCAUCUUAGAGCGCGGCAUGAAGGGCCUCUCCACACCAAAGAUCGAAGGAAAGUUCUCUCUGAGAGCUUCGGCUACUGGGAUGAUCCUCAUGGACGAGGUGGAGGUUCCUGAGGAGAACCUGCUGCCUAAAGUCUCUGGUUUGGGGGGUCCUUUUGGCUGCCUGAACAACGCCCGUUAUGGCAUCGCAUGGGGCGCACUGGGUGCUGCCGAGUUCUGUUUCCACGCAGCUCGUCAGUACACACUCGACAGAAUCCAGUUUGGUGUUCCUCUGGCAAGAAAUCAGCUGAUGCAGAAGAAAAUGGCCGACAUGUUGACAGAGAUCACCAUCGGGCUGCAGUCCUGUCUGCAGCUGGGCCGACUUAUUGAUGAGAAAAAAGCGGCGCCGGAGAUGAUCUCCAUGCUGAAGAGGAACAGCUGCGGUAAAGCCCUGGACAUCGCCAGGCAGACCAGAGACAUGCUGGGAGGAAACGGCAUCUCAGACGAGUACCACAUCAUCCGCCACGUCAUGAACCUGGAGGCUGUCAACACGUACGAAGGAACUCAUGAUAUCCACGCUCUGAUCCUGGGCAGAGCCAUCACCGGGCUGCAGUCCUUCACCGUGGACAAAUAGAUCCAACUUCUGGUUGCUCUUCCAAGCAAACAGUCAGAAGUUUAUCUCUCUUAUCAAGUCUGUUAAAGUUAAAAUCAGUGUUUUUUUCAGGCUUGUAGAAAAUAUAUUUGAGUGCUUUAAUCAGAGAGAAGUUUGCUGAACUUUUGGACUGUAAUUACUUCAGGAGUCGAUAUUUUUAAUUGAAAAGGGACUAUUUUUCCACAGCAAUGAGCAGUUUUAUGUAACAGAAUAUACGGUCUCCUUUGUUUAAUGUGGCAUGAAGAGGUAGGUGUAGCUUUGUCGCUGUAUUCACACUAAAUACUGUUAAUUAUAAAACGAUAAAGCUUAAGUGCUCGUCGUAGCUUCGCUUCUGACUGAGGCCUUUUUGUUUGAAAUGUUUUAAUUAGCCUAAGAGAUCAUCUUACUGUCCAUAUGUAUGUUGUGGUUGUUACUUCUGGCACUUUACAGGCUCUGACACAAAAGUGUUUUAACUCUGCGAGGGGUCAAAAAUGUUUCAGAGUUUGAAUAAAUAAAAACAUGUGUCCCACAUGUUCAGACUCAAUAAAGCACCUACACCACUG